UACAAGACUGACGUCUAUAAAUAUAUAGUCUCAGUUUAUUCCUGACCCCUUUACUAUAGGGUUAGGUCUUAAUAGGCUAGGGUAUAUCUAAUAGAUUAAUUCUAUAUUGUGUCUCGGUAUGGCGUCUCAAUUCCUCUUUGUUUCCGCCCUUAUAGUUUGGGUUUUAGUCUUCCUGGGAGAUGUUAGCGCCCAGACCUGCUGGCGAGAUACGAAAUGCACCGGCGCAGAGACAUCUGCAUUCCCCGGUGAAUGGGAAUCAAAUAUAUUUGCUCCCUCGUCACGCACCGUUACCCCUAAGGCCGUCUUCCGGUUGGACACUAGAGAAAGCAUUUCGAUAGAAUCAGCUUCGUUGACUAGCACUAACUCAGGCAUCUAUUACGAUUUCGGUCUCGAAGUUGGAGGUGUUGUUACGAUUCAGUACUCUGUGUCGUCUACUGAUGGCGAGGGCGCUCUCGGCAUAGCUUUUACGGAAGCUAAAGACUAUAUUGGCCCGAUCUCAGACAAGAGCGCAGACAUAUCUGAAAGGAAUGAUGGUGCACUGUACGCCAACUUUUCCUCAGCCGGAAACCAUACGUACGAAAUUCCAACUGAGCAACUCCGUGGGGGUUUUCGAUAUAUGACAGUGUUCCUUACUGGGGCUACAUCCUUUGUUACGGUCACCGGUGUCAGUUUGGAGAUAUCCUUCCAGCCAACUUGGUCGAAUAUCCGCGCCUAUCAGGGGUAUUUUCAUAGCAGUGACGACCUUCUCAAUAAGAUAUGGUAUAGCGGUGCCUAUACUCUGCAGACAAAUGCUCUUCAUCCCUUGACUGGACGAGUCUGGCCUGCCCCGGAGAGUCAAUGGCUGAAUAACGGGAAUAUCGGCGUAGGCGACACUAUCAACACCGAUGGCGCAAAGCGCGACAGGACCGUCUGGCCCGGUGACAUGGGUGUUGCGAUUCCCGCCUCGUUCUAUAGCACUGGCGAUAUUGAGAGCGUAAGAAACUCAUUGACGACGCUGUAUGGUAUUCAGGAACAAAACGGCCUGCUCCCGUUUUCCGGCCCGCCACUUCUCGCCAAAAAUAGUGAUACGUACCACAUGUGGACGAUGAUCGGGACGUACAAUUAUGUCCUCUAUUCUGGAGACGUGGAUUUCAUUCGAGGAAUAUGGACCAAGUAUCUCUUAGCAAUGAGCUUCGUUACUAACCAGCUCGAUUCGUCCUUGGGCUUGCUCAAUAUCACGGGUUAUACAGACGACUGGGGUCGCUUCAAUGUUAGCAGUACACUGGCUUCGGCGCAAAUGCUCUAUUACAGGACGCUGAUAACUGGUUCCGCUCUUGCUACUUGGGUUGGCGACACAACCGAGGUAAAUUCGACGUGGCUCGAAGCCGCUGCGAAAUUAAGAGGUGUUAUAAAUGCUCAACUUUGGGACGGGAAGUCUGGCGCAUUUCACGAUAGCCUCGAAUCUCGUGACAGCAAUACUGGCUUACAUCCUCAAGAUGGCAAUGCCUUAGCAGUGCUUUUCGAUGUGGUCAACACCACAUCGGACCAAGCGCAGGAUAUAUCAUCUUCCUUGACUAAGAACUGGACCCCAAUCGGAGCAGAAAGUCCGGAAUUAAUUGGCGAAGUGUCGACAUUUAUAUCUUCGUUUGAAAUUCAAGCGCAUCUAUUGGCGGGCCAGGCGCAGCGGGCUUUGGAUUUGAUCCGUACUAGCUGGGGCUGGUAUCUGAACAAUGAGAAUGGUACGCAGUCUACCAUGGUCGAGGGUUAUCUGGUGGAUGGAACUUGGGGCUACCGGCACGAUGCUGGAUAUGAGGAGAACUACUCGUAUACUUCCCACUCUCAUGGAUGGGCUACCGGGCCGGUCACAGCGUUGACGGAAUACAUCCUCGGUCUCAGUGUUACUGGUCUCGCGGGCUCGACUUGGCGAAUUGCGCCUCAGUUUGGAGACCUAUCACAUGCUGAAGGUGGCUUCACAACUAGUUUGGGUAAAUACUUCGCAAGCUGGACGGUAAAUAGCAACGGCAGCUAUACAUUAGACUAUAAUGUGCCUGAGGGUACCUCUGGCGUGCUAGUGCUCCCGACUCCCAAUCAGAACGAGAGAUAUAAGAUGUUGGUUGAUGGAAAAGAAAUCUCAAAGAAUCUUGGCAAGUCUGUCGAAACAAAAGGAAAUAGGCAGCUGCACAUCUCCGAAGGGACAGGUGGGCAACAUCGCAUCGAGGUCAGUUAAGGGGCCUAUGCGAAAUUGUCGGCUGAGCUAAUGCUGGUUUGGAGACGUGCGGUAUUGCAGGCAGAAGCGCCUACGAAGCCUUUCUGCAGGACAAACAAGAUGCUAUGUAUAGAGAAUUGUGACCUAACUAAGGUAACAUUGAAGAAUACGCACCAAUGAUAGAACUAGAAGGUAAUGUCUGUUGGAACGAAAUAUACUUUUUUAUGACUCAUGAUUGGCUUGAGAUAUUUAUUAUAUCACGCCAUUUUAAUUAAUGAGAAAGGUAUAAAAAGAUACUCGUUCUUUUAGAUUUCAUGUCGUUCUUAUCCUGAUUGUUGCUUGUUGC